GACUAUACUCAUUACAUUCCCCCUCCUUCAUGCUUCAAGACUUUUUUUUGCAAAUAUGAGAGGUUUAGCAGUCAUAUUCAGGUAUUUACUGUUUGUUUUGUUUUUUCAGUUCAUAAAUAUUGAAUCUACUGAUUCCAGUUCACUGCAUGGAAACCUGAGUUUGCCCGACAGCACAACGGUGGUGGAAAAAGAAGCAGCAAAACAGCUGAAAAAUCGAGGCAAAAAAGGUUUGCAAACUGACGAGUCCAGACAAAACCCUGCCUUACUGGGAUACCCAAGGCUCAUCAAAUCACCAACCAGUGGAAUGCCAAAUUUAAACAGAAUGUAUAAUGAUUCUCUUUCAUCAUCUACUGGGGCACCAAAGAUUGUAAACUCACUAUAUCCUUUGGGUGAAAAUUCCCUAAUUGCCUAUGGAGUGCUUCUUCUGUCUCUGGUGGUCUUUGCUGUUGGCAUUGUUGGCAAUCUAUCCAUCAUGUGCAUAGUAUGGCAUAGUAUGUCUAUGAAGAGUGCUUGGGACUCCAUCCUGGCUGCUAUAGCACUUUGGGACUUUCUUCUUCUUUUUUUCUGUUUGCCUGUAGUUGUUUUCCAGCAGAUAACACAUCGUAGAUUGCUUGGGGCACUCUCCUGCCGCAUUAUACCUUACAUGGAGAUCACCAUUGCAUUCGCCCCUGAAGAGUUGGUAUAUCCCAACGAAACGCGUCAGGCAUAUAUAGAUGCAUGAUGUUGAUACAGAUGAUUUUAUGUUUUGUAUAUUGUUUUACUCCUAGAUUCUCAUCAUACUAUCAAGCACCUCCAGGGGUUCAUGUUGUGCAGGACUUGUUUUUAUUUCACGAUAUGCCAAGUAUCAUGAUGUUACGCAUAUGUAAUUUUGUAACAUGUUCAUGCGAUUUUGUGGAUGCAAUUUUUGUCAUUCAGUAUGCUUGAUAUUAUAUCACAAGGCAUAAUAAAAAAUGCUCCUUGCUAA